GACCUCCCUGGGGCCCUAAGCAAAAUUCUGCUAAGGGGCCAACCUGACCUGUGAGCCAGGUAAACAACUUGCUGUUGCCACACAGUCACACCUGACAACCCAGGGCUCUCGCUACAAUCCUCCCACCUUUAAAACUCCCUCCUCGCUCCUUCUGUCCGUCUAAGAGCACAAAGUCACAGAACACAGCCCUGGACGUGGCUGGCAAUCAAACAAGACACAGACAGACCAAGAGAUGUACUGCCCAGUUAGGUUAGCAGGUGGGGAAGAAGAGAAAACGAAUUUGGAACCAAAGUAACACGGAGAUUUUCCUGUCCGAUUGCUCUCUGUUGCAUAAGAACCUCAGUGCUGAGCAGGUGCAGAAGCCACUUCCACUCCCUCUUUAAUUGCUUGAGGGUCCACAAAACAGGAAGUUUUCCUUACCCAGACGCAAUAGUCAACUGUUUGACUGCGGAGCAAGGUUCAACACGGAGUUGUCAGCUGUGCAAAAUGACGGCGAUUUUCCAUAUUUUGGAACUGUUAGACAUCAAAAGCUUUUUGCUUUUUGUCUUCAUUUUCCUUCUGGUAUUUGACUACAUCAAAACCAAACCACCAAAGAAUUUUCCUCCUGGACCGUGGUCAUUGCCUUUUAUAGGCGAUUUGCAUCACAUUGACUUCACCAAAGUCCAUCUACAGUUUGUCAAGUUUGCUGAAAAAUAUGGGCAAAUUUUCAGUAUUCGAUUUUUUGGACCAAGGAUUGUUGUUCUCAACGGACUCAAGCUAGUGAGAGAAGCAUAUGUCCACCAAGGAGAAAACUUUGCUGAUCGUCCUUCCUUACCUAUAUUUGCUGAUAUUGUGGGAGACAAAGGAAUUGUUGUGUCUAAUGGAUAUACUUGGAAACAUCAGAGAAGGUUUGCUCUUCACACCCUGAGGAAUUUUGGGUUGGGCAAAAGAAGCCUUGAGCCCUUCAUCCUUCAAGAGUGCAGAUAUCUAAACGAAGCAUUAGUUAAUGAGCAAGGUAAACCAUUCAAUCCAAUGUGGCUAGUUAACAAUGCUGUGUCCAACAUCAUCUGUGUGCUGGUGUUUGGGGAGCGCUUUGAGUACUCCAACAAUGACUUCCAGGCUCUCCUGAAGGACAUCAAUGAGGUCAUCUUUCUAGAAGGAUCAGCAUGGGCUCAGUUGUACAACAUGUUCCCGUGGUUAAUGCGCAGAGUCCCUGGCCCACACCAGAAAAUAUUUGCUCUUUGGGAAAAACAGAUUACCUUUGUAAAGAAAAAAAUUGAAGACCAUCAAGUAGACUAUGAUCCUUCAAACCCUCAGGACUACAUUGAUUGUUUCAUUGGAGAAAUGGAAAAGUACAAGGAUGAUGAAGCAUCAGGCUUCAAUGUGGAAAACUUGUGCUUCUGCACUCUGGACCUGUUUGUAGCAGGAACUGAGACCACAUCUACCACCCUGAACUGGGGGCUGCUCUACAUGAUCAAAUAUCCUGAGAUACAGCGAAAGGUGCAAGAGGAGAUUGACCGUGUGGUUGGAUCCUCACGCCCGCCCUCCUUAACUGACAGGGAGAACAUGCCUUACACUGAUGCUGUUAUCCAUGAGACCCAGAGAAUCGGAAACAUUCUUCCCUUGAAUGUGGGCAGAAGUGCCACCAAAGACACCCAAGUCGGCGGUUACAUCAUUCCCAAGGGCACAAUGGUGGUGGCCAGCCUGACAUCUGUUUUGUUCGAUGAGACGGAAUGGGAGACCCCUCACACCUUCAACCCGGAACACUUCCUGGAUACAGAGGGGAAGUUCAGGAGGAGGGAGGGCUUCCUGCCUUUCUCUAUUGGGAAGAGAGUGUGCUUGGGAGAGCAGCUGGCCAGAAUGGAGCUGUUCCUGUUCUUCACCUCACUGCUCCAGCGGUUCUCCUUCUCAGCACCACAGGGAGUAGAACCCAAAUUGGAGUACAAACUCGGAGCAACUCACAGCCCCCAACCCUAUCAACUCUGUGCUGUUCCUCGCUGAGACGCUUAGCUGAGCACUUUCUUUAUACUGCUUUGUAUACUUUAAAUGUAUGAGGUAAGCAGUGUUCAGUCUUAAUUGUUCUUCUGCUCCACAUGCUGUUCUUGUGUAUGUCAGAAUGGGAAUGGGUUAUAUUGUGCUUGUUCUAAGGGGGUUCAGGCCCUGGGCUCUGUAAAGCGCUGUGAGACAAUCAACCCUUUCAACUCUGUGCUGAUCCUGAGAUGCAUAUAACUUUCUUUAUAUGCUGUGCUGCUCUUUAAAUCUGAACUGUAUUUUUUUUUUAAUCCAGAUUGUAAUAUUUAGUAUAGGUAUUGCUAUGUAAUACACAGCGAAACAAGAGACACAAUCAGGCAUAACCUUAAAGUGUUCUACUGUAUCACAUGCUAUGAGGCAUACAUACUUGAAGUGGGUAUUCACACAACAACCAUUUCUUUCUUGUAUAUAUUACAGGAUUUACAAGGGUUUUGUAGUGCAUUUAUACAGUAUGGGACAGUAUAAGACCAAGCUUAGUGGCUACCUCAAUGGGUGCUCAGACAAUGGCAGUUCAUCUUAAUACAUAAACUGUAUGCAAUAA